UAAAAACAUUUAGUAAGCAUCCAAACUAUGUUCUGUCAGAUGAUGAUAAAAAACAGAUUGGAAUUGAAGACAAUCUUUGUAGAAAAAAGAAAAAUCUAACAAGUAAUGUUGUUUUAUAUUCUCACACCAG